AUGCCGCAGCUGAACGAGUUUGUCCACGUUAGAGACCAGGUGAUGGCGCAAACGAACGUCAAUGCGCUGAUCGAUGCGGAGCGAUCCUACAGCAUAGAUGAUCUUGAGGAAACGCUCUCGACAGUGCAUAUGUUAAAUGCGGAACAGCGAGUUGUGUACGACACCAUCACAGCCGCGGUUGACAAUGCUUCCGAGAGCGACAACAACUUCUUUUUCCUGGAUGGACCCGGAGGUACUGGAAAGUCGUACCUGUUGGAAAAGAUCUUGGCAUAUACGCGUCGACAGUCUAAAAUUGCACUAGCAACUGCUUCGAGUGGCAUCGCAGCGUUGUUAUUGACCGGAGGGAAAACGGUUCAUUCCAUGUUCAAACUGCCGUUAACACUCGAUGACCGUUCCCAAUGUGCUAUCACCGUGCAAUCAAAGUUGGCAGAUCUAAUCCGGCAGGCCUCCUUGAUAGUCUGGGAUGAAGCGUCGAUGGGUAGCCGUUAUGCUCUGGAGGCCAUCGAUCGUGCGUUGCAGGACGUUGUGGGCGUCCAGCGACCGUUCGGGGCGAAGGUGAUGCUGCUUUGCGGAGACUUUCGGCAAAUUCUCCCAAUUGUGCCAAAGGGAACCGAUGCCCAGAUCAUUAGCCAGUGCCUGAAGAAGAGCCCUUUGUGGGAGCACUGUCAGAAGUUGAGUUUGAGCGUCAAUAUGCGGGUUCAAAGAGCACCUAACUCGCAUCUAGCCGCAGAGCUGCAGGAAUUUGCCGAGUUUCUUUUGAGCAUCGGUGAAGGGCGGCAUCCAACGUUUGCUGGGUUGGACCCUACCUUCGCAAAAAUUUCCCUCGACAUGAUGCUCAAUUCUUCGACCAACCAGGGAGCUGACGUGCGAGAGCUCAUUGACAAAAUUUACCCUGAAAUCGAGCGAUGGUACAAAUAUCCGAAUUUUUUCACCGAUCGCGCAAUUCUUUCUCCACUGAAUGUUGAUGUGACUGCCAUCAACAAUGCUGUGAUGAUGAAAUUGCCUGAAGUAGACCAAGAGUAUCUGUCGGUCGAUACAUUGGUGAACCCUGAAGAGCACGAACAUCUGCAGCUACCUCCCGAAUAUCUCAAUUCGCUUAACAUCAGCGGCAUCCCACUGCAUAGCCUAAAACUCAAGCAAUUUGCACCGGUGCUACUUCUUCGGAACCUACACACCGAACGUGGGUUGUGUAACGGGACGCGAUAG